UAGGCUCCUAAUUUCUGGUGAUGGAAGCUGAUUUAUGGUCAGUGAAAGAGCUUUAGAGUAUCGGCAACGCAUGAAGGAAUUUAAAUUAUACCUUUAUUUAGCUACGUCUGCUGUGCGUCAUCAUGCAUUCAUUUGUCCGUAAACAACAGAACCCUGCAACCCGGAUUAAAGGUGGAACUAUUUUGUCACAGAUGUCCGUUCAGUUGGAAGGAGGCCCGCAGCUGGAAACUUCUGCAAAAAGUGAUGCACUCAAAUCGGAAGAAGUGUUUGACGUGACGAGUCCUGACGCACGCAGCUGCCCCGCAGACGGAGAAGAGGCGCAGUCCCCAGUGGGCCACCUGCAGAAAGCACGCAAGAUGGCCCGCAGCCCCAAAUGUGCUCGCUGUCGGAACCACGGUGUCGUUUCGUGUUUGAAAGGCCACAAACGCUUCUGCCGCUGGAGGGACUGUCAGUGCGCCUGCUGCCUGCUGGUGGUGGAGCGGCAGCGCGUCAUGGCGGCGCAGGUCGCGCUCAGGAGGCAGCAGGCUGCGGAGGUGAGGAGAGCGCAAGGACAGGGUAGGAAGGGGGUGAAGUGUGCCGGUCCGCUGAGGAGGACAGCGAGUCCAUGUUUCACCAGAGCAGCUGAGCCAAGCAUGGCAGCUAAGAGCCUCCCGCAGGGGUUAAAACUUUUGAUGCCUCCGGAGGACGAUGCAUCCAGCUGGUCCAAGCAGCCUCAGCAUCACAGAACUCAUUUUCCGAGUUCUUCCAUCAGCGCUCGAAUGAGGAAGAGGAGAGCCUUUGCAGACAAGGAGCUGGAGAACGUGCUGCUGGAGCACGAGCUGAGACAGAGAGAGCUGCAGAACGAUAUUUCCUUUUCCUUCUCUCCUCUAAUCCCCAUACUGCACCCGUCACCCCUACCCGUCUCCCCUGACCUCCACUGCUGCUCUUCCAACAAGGACCCUUCCCCUGCAGAGACCUCCAGCUGUGUGCCUGUAUAUAAAUACAAGCCUCUUUGUGAGUGUGGCCUCCAGUUUUAUGAGCUUUUCCAGCUAAAGAGCAGGUCCUCCACAGGAGGCGACUAUAAUGACUUCAUGUUACGCCACAGCUCAGUGCAGCAUGGGGAGGAUGAGGAAGUGCACAGUCGCUGGAAAGACUGUGGGAAGAAAGUCCAACCAGAACCUUUACUUCCACCAUCACAACAAAGACUGAGAGAUGAUGCCAACUUCACCUCCGUUGCUGUUCCUGGAUCAGAUCAGAGUGUUCUGACGGAGCCAGGCUUCGCUGCACACAGCAGGACUUUUGAUCCCAGACCUUUUGCAGCUGGAAGCUGGACCGCAGACACUCCAUCUGCCCAGGCAGGUCCUCGUCUUCACGCCAUGGACAGCCCUCACUGCAGCUCAGUGAGAACUUCAGCUAUGAAGCCGUUACCUUUCUCUGUAGAGGCUCUUCUGAGGGCCUGACAGGAAAAUGGAAAGUAUAUUUUAUUGCACUUUGAGACUUGAAUUAAAUGCUAUAUUAUAUUACAUUUUAUUAUUCUAUUUUUUUUAUAAACAUGUAUUUUACAAUUUUGUAUAAAAACGUACCGCUAAAAGUUAUUUACACACUUAUUAUAUUUUCCUAUGUCUACUUUGGCCAAAUUGGGAGAAAUGCAUUUUCUAAUGUUUUCUUCUUUGUAACAUGAUCAUGCAAGUAAUUAAAUCCAGUUUAAAUAAUGAUCAUGCAUUUGUUCAUGUUUCCUGCUAUAAAAUAUAAAAUGUAAGGAUGUGCACGUGUGUCUCUUUUUUAAAAUUUGAUUGAAUAAAAUUUUAAAAGAAUUAAAUGAGUAUGAAGUGAAACAGUUUGCAAAGAAUACAUCUAACUGCUAUGAUUGUUGGAGUCAAUUUCAGCCUCAAAACGGCAAGAAAGUUGGAAUUUUUGGUAGAAAUCCCACUGAAUUGGUGUUUGCUGCAUUUGUGCAUCAAAACUACAA